AUGACUGUCACGUACACAGCCCGCGUGGCCAACACGCGCUUCGGCGGCUUCUCCAAGCUCCUGCUGCUGUGGCGCGGGAGCAUCUACAAACUGCUGUGGCGCGAGCUGCUCUGCUUCCUGAUGCUCUACAUGACGUUGAGCGCCACCUACCGCUUUGUGCUGAGCGAAGGUCAGAAGCGCUACUUCGAGAAGCUUGUCAUCUACUGCGACCAGUACGCCAGCCUCAUCCCCAUCUCCUUUGUACUCGGUUUCUACGUGACACUGGUAGUGAACCGCUGGUGGGACCAGUAUCUGUGCAUGCCGCUGCCGGACGCGCUCAUAUGCGCAGUGGUGGGCUCGGUACACGGGCGCGACGAGCGCGGACGCCUCUAUCGGCGCACGCUCAUACGCUACGCCGGCCUCUCCGCCGUGCUGAUCCUGCGCUCGGUGAGCACCGCUGUCUUCAAGCGCUUCCCCACCAUGGACCAUGUGGUGGAGGCCGGGUUCAUGACCCGUGAAGAACGCAAAAAGUUUGAGAACCUCAACUCGCCCUACAACAAGUUCUGGGUGCCCUGCGUCUGGUUCUGCAACCUGGCGGCGCAGGCCCGGCGCGAAGGCCGCAUCCGUGACAACAACACCCUCAAGCUGCUGCUGGAGGAACUGAAUGUGUUUCGGGGCAAAUGUGGGAUGCUCUUUCACUACGACUGGAUUAGCAUACCCCUAGUCUACACCCAGGUGGUGACCAUCGCAGUGUACAGCUACUUCCUGGCCUGCCUCAUUGGUCGCCAGUUCCUAGACCCAGCGCAGGGCUACAAAGGCCACGACCUGGACCUGUACGUUCCCAUCUUCACGCUGCUGCAGUUCUUCUUUUACGCCGGCUGGCUCAAGGUGGCGGAGCAGCUCAUCAACCCCUUCGGAGAGGACGACGAUGACUUUGAGACCAACUUUCUGAUCGACCGUAACUUCCAGGUGUCGAUGCUGGCGGUGGACGAGAUGUACGACGACCUGCCCAUGAUGGAGAAGGACCUCUACUGGGACUUGGCCGAGGCUCGCGCCCCCUACACAGCCGCCACUGCCUUCCUGCUGCAUCACCCGUCUUUCCAGGGCUCCACCUUCGACAUCACGAUGGCCAAGGAGGACAUGCAGUUUCAGCGGCUGGACGGCGUGGAUGUGCCGCUGGGCGAAACGCACGGCGAGUUCCUGCAGCGCCUCCUGCCGGUGACCGCGGGCCCAGGAGGCCUGUUGGGCCGCCGCCUGACGUCGCUUCGCCCCCGCAAGAACAGCUGCGUGUCCGAGGCGUCCACGGUCCCCAGCUGCGUGUGCGGUACAGCCCCCGACGGCGCGGCCCUGGAGUGCGGCUGCGACGACCUGCUGCUGGACCCAAACCUACGGGAGCCUGAGCCCGAACCUUCCUGUAGUUACGAACCACUUGCACUUGCCGCCGCUGAGCCCUGCACCGUGGUGUCCAUCCCAGGGCCCCGUGGGCCAGCGCCACCCUGGCUCCCCAGCCCCAUCGGAGAGGAAGAAGAGAGUCAGGCCUGA